AUGUUUCUUUAUCUAUCUAUCUAUCUAUCUCACUCUGUUACUAUCAAUCUGUCUGUCUAUUUAUCUAUAUGUCUGUCUCACUCUGUUCCUAUCUAUCUAUCUAUCUAUCUAUCUAUCUAUUUAUCUAUCUCUUUCUUUAUCUAUCUAUCUAUCUAUCUAUCUAUCUAUCUAUCUAUCUCAGCCUGUUCAUAUCUAUCUAUCUAUCUAUCUAUCUAUCUAUCUAUCUAUCUAUCUAUCUAUCUCAGCCUGUUCAUAUCUAUCUCAGCCUGUUCAUAUCUAUCUAUCUAUCUAUCUAUCUAUCUCAGCCUGUUCAUAUCUAUCUCAGCCUGUUCAUAUCUAUCUAUCUAUCUAUCUAUCUAUCUCAGCCUGUUCAUAUCUAUCUCAGCCUGUUCAUAUUCAUCUAUCUAUCUAUCUAUCUCAGUCUGUUCAUAUCUAUCUAUCUAUCUAUCUAUCUAUCUCAGCCUGUUCAUAUCUAUCUCAGCCUGUUCAUAUCUAUCUAUCUAUCUAUCUAUCUCAGCCUGUUCAUAUCUAUCUCAGCCUGUUCAUAUUCAUCUAUCUAUCUAUCUAUCUAUCUCAGCCUCUAUCUAUCUCAGCCUGUUCAUAUCUAUCUCAUCCUCUAUCUAUCUAUCUAUCUAUCUAUCUAUCUAUCUAUCUAUCUAUCUCAGCCUGUUCAUAUUCAUCUAUCUAUCUAUCUCAGCCUGUUCAUAUCUAUCUCAGCCUGUUCAUAUCUAUCUCAGCCUGUUCAUAUCUAUCUAUCUAUCUAUCUAUCUAUCUAUCUAUCUCAGUCUGUUCAUAUCUAUCUAUCUAUCUAUGUCGCAUAUAUGGGCUUGGAAAGUCUGUUCAUGCCUAUCUAUCUAUCUAUCUAUCUAUCUAUCUUUCUUUCUUUCUUUCUUUCUUUCUUUCUUUCUUUCUUUCUUUCUAUCUAUCUCAGUAUGUUCAUAUCUGUCUAUCUCUCUAUUUCAUUCUGUUCAUAUCUAUCUAUCUAUCUAUCUAUCUAUCUAUCUAUCUAUCAGUAUGUUCAUAUCUAUCUAUCUAUCUAUUUCAGUGUUUUCAUGGAAGCAGAUCAGUCCGUCUAUGUAUCUAUCUCUCUUUGAGACUCAUCUCUUUCUUAUCUAUCUUUCUAUCUCAGUUUUUGAAAAGGCGUGUUUCUUUCUUAAUUUCUAUCUAUCUAUCUAUCUAUCUAUCUAUCUAUCUAUCUAUCUAUCUAUCUCACCCCCGCUCUCUCUCUCUCUCUCUCUCUCUCUCUCUCUCUCUACCUGUCUAUCUACGCUUAUACAAUCGUUCUUUGAACUACGUUUUCUGACCACCACCACCCCUUCACUUGUAUUUCUGUUUGACACCCCAUCUGCUUUCCUUCUCUUUCCUUAUCACUCUUUCUUACUCCCUUUCUCAUUCGUUGUCUCUCUUUCUCUCAAACGGAAAGCGAAAGAUCUUCUUCCAUCUUUGUCUUCUUCACAAGUUUUUUUUCUCCCUUUUUUAUUUUCCGAAUUUCUCCCUCCUAAAUUUCCGUUUUCCACUUUCUAUGAUUUAUGCUAUUUUCCGUCCUAUCCGCGUGAAAUUUGCCAACAUUUGGCGCGCCCCUUUGCGUCCGUCAGCAUCCCAGCAACCUCUUUCCAAUCAAGAAGCGGGCAGGUCUCGCUACCACCGGCUCCACCCUCCCACCUUCUCUCAUCGAACUUCCCGAUUUGGAAUGACGUUAUUGAUUACGUGUAA